ACUUAACGGACGUUAUACAUCUCCUCGAAGCAUCGCAACAUCUCGCAACGCUUGUGGAUCGUUUUGCACGAACUCUCUUUCUCUCUUGUGUCUGGUUUGUUUUCAUAGUUUUCCUACUUCUGCUUCUGCAGACCUUUCAACAUUUAUGCUUCCUCUCUUCUCUCUUCGACUUCUUCUCUUACUAUGAAAAGAGAAAAGAGAAAAUACUUUCCAACUAGAUAUUCUUGUUUAACAUUAAAACUGAUCAAAUGAAAUUUACACUCUACUGUGGCAGAAGGAGGUCAAUUAAUAGUCAUGCAACUCUAUACGAAGGUUUGAACACGAUUGUUGGUGGCGGGUUAAGAAUGUCAAAAGUGCAAUCCAUAUGUUAUGUGUUCCGUGCUUCGAGUGCCAACUGGGUGCCGAAUUCCUUUGCCGGAAGUGUACGCGAGAUGGAAGCGGUGCGGAACCGUGCUUGCUUUGCGUGCUUGAUUGGCAGUCCCAGCAGUCAAGUGGUUCGCAGGGUGCCAAAAAUACGAUUCAACAUGACCAACCGACCGACUGACCGGAUGUUGGUAUGUAAAUAUGCCUCUCGGUGAUGUGUACGGUGGAGCAGCGAGCGGCACGACGACUGCGGAAAGGAAACCCAAAGCCAAAAGGAAAGACAAGGUCAAGGCGCAGGUGGAUUGAAUCAUCUUCACCAUCAUCGUACCUGGGACAAGAGUAAACGCACGCAUCGCGUCACCUCCAGACUGGCAUCAGCAUCAAUAUUUAUAGCAUGAAUCACGGCGAUGGUUUGUGCUUGAUACACCGCCUCAGACCAAGUCGACCCAGGACGAUAAACAGUGUCGGCGCCAUCGCUACCAUAUGUGCUCUUGCCGGCAUGAUUGAAUCACUCACGCGGACCGCAGCGAAACGAAACGGACGGCACGGAGCUGAUCCCGUUCAUUCAUUUACGCUGCGUGGCCGCUCGCGCAAUUGAACACUCACUUCAAAUUCGGAAUAAUGAACGUCACUAGAUUUUUUGAUUUCCGUUAGUAUUCGCGGUUCAUCCAAACGUCACUAACGUUGGUUCCUUCCCUUCUUCCUCCCUUCUGAACAGGGUGUUUCGGCAGAACGUAAACACACAGCUGAUGUGAUGUACGUGGCGCGAAAGAGCUAGCAUGCUGUUAGUAGCUUAAAGUAGCUCAAAAAAUUGGCCAGAGAGAUUCGCCAGAGCACCUGAGGUGUGCGAAAAGUGUUCCGUUCCUGGGUAAAAGAGUAACCUGAGAGCGCUUAUACAAUACUCUCGUUGCUCUCUGUUUAUGGUCUGUCUCUCUCUCUCUCGACGGCCGGGGGACGGCUCUCUGUUUAUUUUCGCACUCACCGAGCAUGCGGUUUAUGUCUCGGACACUUCAUUGAACUGUGGUUGAAUGUCCUCCUGUGCAAGCUGUGUCACUCCCCGGCGUUUCUUGUUUCCCGUACCAAAUGGAAUCCGACGUGGACGUGGACGUGCCGGGGGCUGCACAAUGUUCGCCAAGGAUUUAGACAGGUUCCGAUCGUUCCUUGCAUCGAACGAUUCGCGAACAAUUUGAGUUAUUGUAUAGAAAGAACUGAAUUUUAAAUUUAAUCCACCGAAGAAGAAGCCCACAUGGUGUAGGCAUUAUACGGUUCCUUUUGGUCGCUGGCUUAUGCAAACACCCAACGCGAGACGUAGCCCCGUAAUCGCGAUACCAGAAUGUCGCCAAAGUCACGUAUAGUUUGCCCUGUAAGAAACUGGAUUGAAGGUUACCGAAGACGGUCCCCCUCGACCGUAUCCUUUAUAUCGAUUUACACGAUCUUUGAAGCGCAAAGGAUCGUAUGUGCCGAAAACGAAUGAUAAAAAUGGAAAACUGUUUUAAAAAUGUUUACAUGUGGUUAAAGAUGAAUUUAACAAAACAUCAGCGACAUCGAACGCCAUUUAAUUUGCUGGUUCAUUAGCUAUGAAAUAUUUACUCACCUCCUGGACGGUUGUCCCAUCGUCGCUGCUCCCACUGGUCACGUGAAUCUGAUCCGCUCCUGCUCGUGCUCGCGCGUUUUCCACGUAACAACCACGAACAUCACCACCAACACAAACCUAUGGGUCGGCUUUCAAAGGAUAAACAAACACCGUUUAAGAAGUAGGAAGGAGUUCAGAACCGCCGCCCUGUUUGAGUUUACGGUUACUUGGUAGCGCCUUGAGACCGCCAGGAUUCUGGCCAGUAUCCGUGGUGCCAGUAUUGGUCUGUUUGCAACAGUUCCCACGCAAAGCAUGCAAGCAAGCAAGCAUUCGCUCUACUAAUACACAUCCACCGUUCGGCUUGCAGAGAGACUGGAGUCUCUAGCGGUCCUAACUUACGGCUCAUCGGGGCUCAAGCAAACACAAUGAAAGACGCAUUUUCGAUCCCAUUUCUCCGAAAUACCUGUUACCGUUUCGGAAUUAACUGCCUUGCGGUAGGUGUUGAGGGAAGGAUUCAUUUAUCGAGCAUACACAAUCAUAAACCACCUUUCCAGAACAUCUUUA